CCCGCGCCGCUGCCGCCGCCGCUCCGUGUCAGUCGUUGGCCGGUAAUGGCGGCCGGCGAGCUCCCUUGAAGUGACUGUGAGCCCGGGCCGGGCGCAGGGUGGGACGCAGCCGUCCGGGAAGGAGCAAAGUGAGGGGCCGCCGCUAACUCUAAGGGGCCCCCCAGCCCCCACAGGAUGCGUUGGGAGCUGCCCCCGGGGUGGGAGGCGGAGGCGGAGGCGGUGGCGACGGCGACUCUCAGGUAAACUAACAGGAUGUGGAACAACAAAUCGAAGGAGGUGCCUUUACAAAACCCAAGGCACACUCAGAACAGGGAUUCCCUCAGAGAUCUAACCACAGCCUGGGAUACUUUUUCUCAAACUAAGGCUACAUUGCGUCAUAUUGAGAACAAACUGGAGGUAGCGCCUACCAGCACAGUAGUAUUUGAUUCUGUCAUGGAUGCCAAGAAACCCUCUGCCAGUGCUACCAGGAAAAUAAGCAGGAAAGAUGGUAGGUACCUAGAGGAUUCCUUGGUUUCUGCUUCAGCCUCCAGGUCCUCAAGCCAAAAUAAGUCACGCAAAGAGAAGUCCUCCCGCAGUCCUCUUCGAGCUACAACUCUGGAGAGCAAUGUGAAAAAGAGUACCCGUGUGGAAUUUCGUGAACCCUUGGCUUCAUACAGGGAGACUUAUGGUGCACCGUCUUAUCAAAGUGCUAGUCCAUUGGAGACGAAAUGUUUGCUGUCUGGUUUAGACCAUAAUGAAGCACAGGAUAAGACUGAAGGAAUGAGCUGUAUGAUACAUGACAGGAGUGAAAGUGACUUACAUAACAGAAAUUUUGAAAGCCCACGUUCUUCUGCUGCAGAUGGCACAGUUGUUAGGUAUUUGAAUGACCGACCAGCAAUUGAUGCUUUGCAGAACAUUGAGUCUCUUUUUAAAGCUGUAACCCCUACAAGAUCAGAGGAGGAAAAGACUAAUGGGUCCAGAAGAGAUGAGAGCAGCACUAAAACUGCUUUUAGUAGCACAGCCCAGGAUGCUGAACUGAAAGGGAUAAGGCUGGCAGAAUCUUCUCUUUCCUCCACUAGUACUUCCAGUGCCCACAGGCUGGAAAUCUUAAAACGGAGGCAGCAUGAUGCUAAAUUGCAUGAUGCUAAAUUGGAGAAGCUGAAAGAGCGGAUUAGGAAGCAAUGGGAACAUUCGGAAGAAUUAGGCAGCAAGGGACAACUUCUGGGAUAUGCCGAGCAGCCUGUAGUGGUAACAAAUGUGGAGAAUGCAGUGACGCCGAAAGUCAGAAAAGUGGCAGUUGCACCCCCUGCUCCGACAUAUAAAGGUUUCAAUCCUGCUGAGACAAAGAUUCGCACUCCUGAUGGAAAGGUGUGGCAUGAAGAGGAAUUUCAUAACAUCAGUAGGGAGUUGUAUCGCGAUAUAGCACUCCAAUUAACAGAGGAUUCAACAGGGAAAGAGAAACCCCCUGAGAAAAGCAAGGAGAAGAAAGCAACUAGACCAGUGCGCAAGGUUCAAAAGCUAACCAGGUCAUCAAGCCCAGAUUCCAAACCAGGUGGAAGCCAUCUGAUAAGUACAUCUUCUUGGCGGGAUGGACAAAAGCUAGUGAAAAAGAUACUGGGUCCAGCACCUAAAGUAGAGCAACAGCACAGAAGAGCAACAUCCAGUGACAGAAAUGGGAGGGAGAGAGCUACUAAAUCUCCAGGCCCUAUUGGAAGGACAGGGUCAGAUCCCAGGCUGGAUGUUACCCACAAAACCUGUCCAAGAAGUUCUGAAUGGUCAAGGAGUAAAGUACAGUCCGAGAGUAACCUGAAGAAAUUGGACUCUACUUUUCCAGGUAGUAAACAAGAUGAAGACCAUACCUCCUUAAAUAAGGACUUUCUGCCUGUAGAGAUACGUGGAAUUCUUGAUGACCUGCAGCUGGACUCAGUGAUUCCAAGUACAAAACAAGAGAAAGAUGGGGAAAGGCAAAGUCAGAAAUCUGCAGUGCCUACACAAGGUGCCAGGAGCCACAGUCCAACAAAAAGGAAACCAGACAAGUUAGCUGCUAGUGAAGAGCCUCAAGUUAUCUCCAAGAAGCGUCACUAUGACACAGAUGAGGUUCGCCAGUACAUUAUUAGACAGCAAGAGGAGAGGAAGAGGAGGCAGAAUGAAGAGAAGAAGGCACAGAAAGAGGCAACAGAACGAAAGAACAAACGACUUCAAGAGCUUUACAAGAAACAGAGAGAGGCUUUUGCUAAGGCAAAGAACAUGCCAACUUCUGAACCUUCAGCAGCUAGGCGACUACAGGAAACCUAUUCUAAACUGUUGCUGGAACACACUUUGCUAGAGGAAACUUCUCAGCUCCCUAUUGCUCAGGAAAUGCAGCCCAGGCCUGGAUAUCAACCAUCUGGGGAAUCUGACAAAGAAAACAAGGUACAGGAGCGUCCUCCUAGUGCAUCUUCCAGUAGUGAUAUGUCCCUGUCGGAACCUCCACAGCCUCUUGUUAGAAAUGAUUUGAUGGAGCCUAUGUGGAUACAGCCAGAUAGACUGAGCCCAAGAGUCCAACUCUCUCACCCACAACCUCUUGCUGGCUCAAGUGGAGGACUUUUCUCUCAGCUUUUGGAUCUGGAGCAGAUGGGCCUUUUGCCAAAGGACUUUGACUCAGUACUGACAACCAGGAGGAAUCACAACACAGCUGUGGGAUCCUUGACUUUGACACCUCAGCCUUUCGUGACUUCAUCUGCUGCACAGCACGAUCUCUUGGUAAAGCCUGGUACCAGCCAAUAUAAGAGUAAACUGGAUCGUAUUGAAGCCCUGAAAGCUACAGCUGCUUCUUUGUCUAGCAGAAUUGAAAGUGAAGCCAAGAAGUUAGCUGGGGCUGGCAUCAACUAUGGCUCAGUGUGGAACUCUGAGCAACUACUGCUGGGGAACCAGGAUGAUGGACGCUGGGCUAAGGCUGUGAGUCCCCCUGUGAGAGAGGAUAAUGAAGAUGUUUUCUCAGCCAGAAUUCAGAAAAUGUUGGUUACUUGUGUGUCUCAUACAACCUUUGAUGAUAACCUUCCUGGAGUGGGCAACCUUAGUGAAUUUAAAAAGCUCCCUGAAACUAUCAGGCCUCAUAGUGCAGCAGUCAGCCUUGGAAUGAGAUCCCCAGUGAGUCAAAGACCUGAAGGAAUGCUAGGACAUUUAUCAAAGAGGCAGAUUGACUCCCCUGGGUCUGAAAAUCAGGGUUAUAGUCAAAACAAAGGAAUAAUUACUCACAAUUCCAGCACAGAUUCAAUCAGUGAAGGGCCUCUUCUAAGUGAGGGGAGUCUCUCCGAGGAGGAAGGUGACCAACAUAGGCAGUCUCCUUUGAAAAUUGCUGAGGUAUUAAAAGAAAAGGAGUUCUGUGUUGGGGAGAGAACUGCUUUUGAGCCCAUAAAAGAGUUUCAGAAGGAGGCAGAAAAGUAUUUACCACUUUUCACACAGACAAGUGGCAUACAAAGCAAGGGACCAUGGGAGGAACUGGCCAAGGGAAGUCCACAUAGUGUCAUCAACAUAUUUGCAAAAUCUUACCAACUACAUGGCAAAGGAUUAGAGGAAAGGUCAAAUGGUGGAUCUCCAGUCCUACGACCUUUACUUCCUACCAUGAGCCCUCCAGAUAGUGUUGUUUCAUAUGAAGAUGACUUUGUUUCAUCACAGGGCAGUGGAACUUUGACAGACAAACCGAUUGCUCUUGAGCCUAGUAUCAGUGGGAGCAGCAAUUCCAGCAUUCAAGAAGAGCUUCCCAGCAGGAAGUCUCCCCAUGAACACCGAUCUGUAGAGCUAACCUCCCAGCAUUCACCUGGACCCUGGUCUGCAGCAUCUUCUCGCUCAUCUGGAUCUUCUAAAAGGAAAGGGAAAAAGGAAAGGCUAGAAUCUUUCAAUGAAAGUUCACACCACUUUCCUGUGGAAGAUGACAAAAUGCUAUCUGAGUCAGAGCGUGUGUCCCAGCAAGCAAAGAAGUCCUUGCCUAACAGCAGAGUUUCUAAUAGAGACCAUGAGCAGAAUGCAAAUACUGAUAGCACUUUGGAAGAGUUGUCUGGACAUUCUUUGAUGAGUCUCUCAGACAAGGGAAGGUCCCAGAAGACCCCAACCUCUCCCCCAUCUCCAGGCUCCCAGAAACUAUCGCAGUUUGACUCUCUAGGAAAUACAGCGGAAAGAACCAGGUCCCCUGCAGGCUUUCCUGGGACUACAGCUUCAGGGUUCAAGCCCAAUGUACCCAUCUCUGACUUGAGCCUGGGAACUAGCAAGACAGGAGCAGCCGUGGCUGGAUCCAUGCGCUUCUCUCCUGCUGGUCUCCAGCAUCGUUUGUCAGCAGAGCUCAACUACCUGAGUGCCAUUGAGGAAUCUGUACGGCAACUCUCAGAUGUAGAACGAGUACGGGGCAUAUCACUUGCCCAGCAGGAGAGUGUUUCUCUGGCUCAGAUCCUGAAGGCACAGCAGCAGCGACAUGAGAGGGACUUGGCUCUUUUGAAACUCAAGGCUGAGCAAGAGGCUUUAGAGAGUCAAAGACAGUUGGAGGAGGCGAGGCAGAAAGCAGCUCAGGCCCAUGCAGAAUCUCUGCAGCAUCUGGUCCAGUCACGACAGGAAGCAGCAGAAGCACUACAGGAGACCACAUGUAAAAUUGCAGCCCAGCAGGUGGAAGCUGCUCUGCUCACCACAGAUGCAGCUCGCCAGAUCCGUGAGAUGACAGAGUUGGCACGAACACAAAUCUCAGAUGGUGUCAGUGCUCCAGCAGCUCCAAUCACCACACUGUUUGACCAUCAGCGGCAACAUCAUUCAAAGUUCAUGAAAGAGCUCAGAGACAGAGCCGAUACAAACAGAAAAAAUGAAUCUGGGGCCCCUUCACAAAGUAAAGAGAAGACAGCUGACUCAAAGCCGACAUACUCCCCAUUUUUUGAUAGUUACUCAGAAUCCUCAAGAUCCAAGAAUCAUGAUCAGAGUAGCAGCAGCAGCCGGCAGGAGAGUCCUUCAGUUCCUUCUUCCAAGGAGAAUGAGAAGAAGCCCUCCCGACGUGAAAAGACGAGCAGCUCCAUAGAAGAGCAGGCUCGUACUGGUGUGGAUGAUUCCUUGCAGAGUGAUAGUAUUCCAUCACUACCAGAUGAGAAAGACUCAGCUUCCAUUGCAACAGAGUAUUCCCUGAAAUUUGAUGAGUCCAUGACAGAAGAUGAGAUAGAAGAAAAGUCUUUCCGGUCUUUGCUACCUUCUGAGAGCCAUCGGAGGAUUAACAUGGAGAAGAAACGAGAUCAUCGGGACGAUUCUGAUGAGGAAGUCUCCCCAGAAAAGACAGCCCUGUCAUCUGUCAAGGAGCUAAGUAUGCCAUUCUCUGGGGGGCAGGAUAGUUUCUCUAAAUUCACCAUGGAGAUGGUACGGCAGUAUAUGAAGGAAGAGGAAAUGCGAGCAGCUCAUCAGUCUUCACUGCUCCGGCUCCGUGAGAAGGCACUGAAAGAGAAAACCAAGGCUGAGUUAGCCUGGCUGGAACACCAGAAAAAACAUUUACGAGACAAAGGAGAGGAUGACAAGAUGCCACCCAUCCGAAAGAGACAGCGUGGUCUGCUGUUGAGGCUGCAGCAGGAGAAGGCAGAAAUUAAGCGUUUGCAAGAGGCCAAUAAGGCAGCUCGGAAGGAGAGACAACUGAUACUUAAACAGCAGGAGGAGAUAGAACGAAUCCGCCAAACUACCAUGAAACUGCAGGAAAAACUGAAGUCUGCAGGGGAAAACAAGCUGGAGGUUCGCAGUGAAGAUGAUAUAAAGCAGAGCAAUGCUUCCAGCCCACUUCCAACUGAUGUAGAGACCCGCAGCCCUUCCCCAGUCUCCAUCUCCAGUAGUGAGACUAGUAGCAUCAUGCAGAAGCUCAAGAAAAUGCGCAGCCGAAUGGAUGAAAAACACUGCUCUCCUGUUCACUACUUCUUCUCUGUCUUUACGUCUCACCACUGGGCCUCUCUCAGUGUCUGUUUUCCCAACCUCCAUCCCAAAUUCCAGCUGUAUAUCUACAACCAAUUGGUCAGGUUCCUGACUAAGCGAGAACAGAAGCUGAUGCAGCGGCGACAACAUGCUGAAGAACUGCUGGAGUGGAAGCGCCGUCUAGAUGCAGAGGAAGCAGAGAUACGUCAGAUGGAGAAACAAGCCUUAGCUGCUUGGGACAAAGAGAGACUCAAAACAAAAACAGCCAAAAAGGAACUUGGGGACCAGAGGGCUGAACCCAAAGAAACAGCCAGUGAAGAGGAGUCUCCAGUGCUUUCCUAUACUCAUCUAAACAGUGAAAGCUCUGUCCCAGAAGAACUAGGCAGUCCAGCUGGUGAACCUGUCCCAUCAGAGGCUGUGGACCAAGGGAAGCCAGUAAGCCCAGAUCAGAGUACACUUACUGAAGAAAUGAUUUACUCACAAGAUCUAGAGUCUGCUACCUCGCCAGCCAAGCUUUCUCCUUCCAAAAGCAGUACAUCUAUGUCAAAGCAGGAUUCCAUCAAAGGAAGCCACAGAACUGGAGGGCAGCAGCGUUUACCUGUGAAAUCCCAUCAAAUAUCCCACAGUUGGUCUGAUGAGUCUUUAUCCAUGACACAGUCAGAAACUACAUCUGACCAGAGUGACAUUGAAGGCCGGAUCAGGGCCUUAAAGGAUGAGCUACGGAAGAGGAAGUCUGUUGUUUAUCAGCUGAAAAAGGAACAAAAGAAGAGGCAGAAGGAGAGGCUGAAAGCCCAGGAGGCCAGUUUGAUCAAACAGCUAGAGUCUUACGAUGAGUUCAUAAAGAAGACUGAAGCAGAGCUGAGCCAAGACCUGGAGGCAUCACCCACAGCUAAGCCUCAAAUUAAAACUCCAUCCUCAUCUACUGAAAAACCUAAAAUUAAGCCACCCCCACUCCAUAGGCCGGAGACAACCAAGAAUUGGAAAUCACUGACUGAGUCAGAGCGGUCCAGAGUAUCUUUGGAAUCUAUUGCAGAGCAUGUUGAUGCUGUAUCAUCAAGUUCUGAGAGGUCUGUGUCUGUACACAUCAAGAGACUCAUUGACUCAGAGGUUCAUAUAGAAGAACCUUCCCGAACCCUGUCCCCGGUCUUCAAGUCCCCAAGGAGAUCUAGAGCUGAAUCUGGUGAUUCCUUGGACAGUGUGCCCUCAUUAGCUCUUCUCAAAGAUCUAAGAGAUAGUGGCAGAGUAUCCCAUGUGUUACUGAGCAAGUCAGAAGAUGUAUCCAGUGAUGAUAUUGUGUCCAAUCACAAAUCUGAUAUACAAGAGGAGAUGGAGUACAUAAAAUCAGAAGAAUCCGAGGUUGAAGAUGUUAAUAAUAAACAUUCAGAGAGUUCUGGUGCCUUGUUGAUGCUAGAUAUACACCAGGAAAUCUUACCAGAAGUCCUUCCAAAGAGAGAUCUCCACUCUGACACUGAACAGUCUCAGAAGGAACUAUUUAGCAUGACUGCUGAAAAUAUUCAGAGUAGAGCAGAGAUCUCAAAACAGAGAGAGGCAGUCAAAGAUGAUGCAGGGAGUGAUCAAAGUGACAGAUCAGAAAAGUCCUCUCUCAGCUUGAACAAGUGGGCACUGGAAAAAGACUUCUCUGUUCCAGAACAAGUUUUUACUCAAAAAGAGCCAUCAUACUCUGAAGAUUUUUUGGGGUCCCCCCCCAGAAAAGAGACAUCAGUUGAAGAAACUCCUUCUGCUAAAUGUUACAAAGACGAUUUUGAGAAGCCUACACUGUCACACAGAAAAGAUUCUCAGUCACUUAGAGAGAAAUCACAGCAUUCAAAACCUCCUAGAAGCAGAUCCACCAGCCUUGGCAGUGAAGAUGAAAUCAGUGAAUAUCUCAGUGACAAGUCUCUCUCUGUCUCUGGCAGUGUGCAUUCAGAGAAAUUGCUAGAACUCAAGUCACCAACAGAGCUCAUAAAAAAUAAAGAACGCAGUGAUGUGGAGAAAGAACAAGCCCCCAUCGAAUCACCACUUUGGGCCUCAAUUUCUAUCACAGAAGAAGCAAACACACUGGUAAAUUUCAAUAUUGGUGACAGGAUACUUGUGAGUAACAUCCAGCCUGGAACAUUGCGAUUCAAAGGUCUGACCAGUUUUGCCAAAGGGUUUUGGGCUGGUGUGGAGCUGGAUAAACCUGAAGGAAACAACAAUGGGACUUAUGAUGGUAUUAAAUAUUUUGAUUGUAAGGAAAAGCAUGGUAUUUUUGCUCCUCCUGAAAAGAUCUCUCACAUUUCAAAAAGUUUUGAUACCUAUAUAGACAUGAAUGAAGAUGAAGACUCAUUCUUUGAUGACAGAUUGGGUCAGCACUACAAAUCCGAGCAGAAAGACAAAGAAAGUUCCAAAUCUGGCAAAGUUGAAGAAAGCAAGGGAAUAGAUGCAACUGAGAAAUCAUCCCAAGAUAAAGCUCCACCAGGCAUGACUGCUUUAGAAGGCUCUAUUGGGCAAAAAGUCGAUGAUUACUCCAGUUCUGAAGUAAACCACAUAAAGGAGGUUUUCACAGCUGUUAGACCGCUUGCCAAAGAGCAGUCUGUGGUGGACUGCCUGAAAGAUGCUGUAAAAGAUGAGACUGUCCAUGCACUGUCUGUUUCUACUAUAGAAAAUGUUACCACCGUUCUAUUGAAGGGUACCUUAGAUGGUAUAUUGUCUGAAAAGCUGGAGGGGCAGCAGUCCUCAAGGGAGGAAUGUACUGAAAAGUCAGAUAAUUUCUCCUCUGAAGUUUUGGAAAAACCUGGAACUCCACUUCUGGACCUAUUGACCAAGGAAAAGAAUCAAUUAGAGGCCCAACUUAGACUGCCUCUUAGAGAGGAAGAGAAGUCAAAAGACCAGCUAGAAAAGGUCUGCUUGUUGACAGACAGUCUACUUAAGGAUUUUGUUAAGGACACUGUCAAUCAGCUACAGCAAAUCAAGAAGGUCAGGAAUGAGAAGAUUCAUCUUAGCAAUCAGGAGCUCUGUGAUGUCCAAGAGGAAUUAUCAUCCAGAACCCCAGCCCAGCAUGUGGAGGAACAGGUAGCAAAGGGCCUGCAGAACUUUUUUUUAAGUCCUGAAUUGGAAGAUGAAAGAGAAGAAGUUUCCUCUCCGGAUAUGUGUCCCAGACCAGAAAGUCCAGUGUUUGGUGCCAGUGGACAGGAAGAGCUUGCAAAGAGGCUGGCAGAACUGGAGCUCAGCCGGGAAUUCCUGAGUGUGUUAGGAGAUGAUCAAGACUGGUUUGAUGAGGACUUUGGCUUGAGCUCCCAAAAGGUCCCACAGAAGCAAACUGAAGAAACAGCGGUGUUGCCCAAGAUAGAGCCACAAAAAGUGCCACCUAAGCCAUGUGAGGAGCCUUUGGCUGUUCCACAUACUGCAGUGGAAGUAGAAGGCAUGGUGCAUGCAGCAGCUGAGGAGCUGUGGAAGUUGAAAGAGCUGGGUCAUGAUCUUCAGAAUAUCAGCCUUCCCAUAGACCUUGGUAAUACCACCAAAGAGCAGGACAUGGAAACUAUAAGCAAACAGGUCUAUAAACAGGCGGUAUUUGACUUGACGAGAGAGAUUUUUCGGGAAAUCUUUGCUGAGGAUCCUAGUCUGAAUCAACCUAUUUGGAUGAAACCAUGUAGAAUUACCUCCACUUACUUCCGGCGAGUAAAAGAUCCAAACGACCUUGACGAGAUCAAGAGUUUCAUUGCAACUGAAGUGCUGAAAUUGUUCAGCUUGAGGAAGGAACCCAAUCACAAAACAGAUUGGCAGAAGAUGAUGAAGUUUGGACGCAAGAAACGGGACAGAGUGGAUCAUAUACUGGUGCAGGAACUCCAUGAGGAAGAAGUUCAGUGGGUGAAUUAUGAUGAGGAUGAGCUCUGUGUGAAGAUGCAGUUGGCAGAUGGGAUAUUCGAGGCCUUAAUCAGAGACACUAUUAAUGUUCUGAACCAGAUAAAUGAAAAACAAGGGAGACUACUGCUUUUGUGACAUCCGUGAAAAUAAACCAAAAACUGCAAAACUUCUUGUCAUGGGCUUUCUGACUCCUGACAUAUACUACAUCUCCACCAUAGCAAUAUUGCUGCUGGACUUUCAUACAUGUUUUUAAAGGCAGUUCAGAUGCGAUAAGGAAACACAGUACUACAUCCCCCUGCCUUUAGAGACCUUACACUGGAUUUGUUGUUGCAACUAAGCAUGGUCCUUCACUUAAUGCUGGCUUGUGAUAUAGUCACACCAUCCUUUUGCUAAUUCAGCACACACAGUAUAAGUCAGCACCUUUCCAUGGUAUCAGACUGGGACUAUGAACUUCAAAUUGUACGCUGAAGGUGGUUGGAUGCGGUUGGGUUGAGAUACUGGUCACUUGGCCCAAAAUUGCUGUCAGCAAUCUAAACUGAUCUUUAGAAAGGUGUAUUGGAUGAUUUUGAUAACUGCUUGUCAGUUUUUAGCCAUAAAUGGACAUUACGGCAAUUAAUAGUGUUACAUUAUUAACCACUUUGUACCUGCAGUCCUAACAAUAUGCAUCAAUUUUUCCACUCUAGAGUCCAUUUCAUUCCCUUGAAAUCCAUUCCCAUCUUUCUUCAUGCAAUGUGGUACCAGACAUGAUCGGUGGGCUAACAAAGGGGAAAUUGGAUGAGCUUGCUUUUUUGCAUUCAUCUAAAGAAUUCUUACUUGUUUCCUGUCUAAUUUGCUUCAGUCAAGAGUAAGAGCAAAGUAAAGGCCACCAAAAACUGGGCAUAAGAGACUACACAUUGGUCAGCUUUACUCCUACCAAGCAGCAUUUCUUCAGCUCCUGAACUACCAGCAGCUCUUAGAUAAAUGGAUACUCAGGAUUCUCUCAGGCAGUAGACACGCAGGAGUGGAAAACGUUUCUUCACAAAACUAUGGCCUUCAAUAGCUCGGCUUCCUCCCUUGCUACCACCCAACCCUAAUAAAUCAGAGGAGCAGUUAUUUGAACGAUUAGGGAAAUGAGUGUAUUCACCAAAGAGAGUGAUGUCCAGUGCUUGACUGUGUACUUGUUCUAUGGUUGUGGGAUUUUUAACUUAUUUUAAGAUAAUUUAUUAAAUUGGAGUUAAGGAAAGUGUCCAGUGCAGUGGUUGCACUGUCUUAGGCCUUGAAACAGCAGAACCUGUGAAAGGUACCUAUACUGCAUCUGUCCUAUACUAUACUGCAUCUGUCCUAGAAACUUCUAGGGUCCAUAUUCUUUGCACAAAAAUCCAGCUUCUUGAGACAGAGGGGUAGAAAGAAAUAAACCUCAGUGGUCAAAUGUGGGAAGGAAAGUGGAAAACUAUGAAAAGAGCUUCACCUGGGCAAAUGCCAGCGAUUGUGGAGUGUUUAAAGGAGUAAUCUGAAGACAAGAUGUGAAAAUAUUUUCUGCUCCCUUAUUAUCUGCCUUCCUUCUCACAAAUGUUCUUUUUCCAGAGCGCUAGGCAGCCACCCUGUUGUAUUUUUGGAGCUGUGCUCUUCGUCUUGAGUGCUUUCUUAAUCUGUCCUCCCUCUUUGUGUUUCUUGGAUGAACACAGACAAUGUGGGGUUGAGUAUUAAUGCCUUACUAAUGGAAGUCCUGUUUACUAACAUGGGAUGAGACCCAAAGCGGAUUCAUGUUCUCCAGGCACGUUGGAGUAUUGAAGUGCAUGCAAAAGCAUGUUAGGAGGUACCCAAAGAUGCUGCAGCCCAUGAUAUGCAUGUGGGAAGAUUUCUGCUCUUUUCCUUCCAUCUGUUUUUGUUUCUUGGGUUUCCUGCUAUGCAUACAUGUGCUAUUGCUCCAUUCUGUUUUUCUCUCUUUCCAUCUUUAUAUUUGGGAAACUGUCAUUGAAAUAUUUGCAUUUUGCACAAUGACACACAACUGGUAAUUUUUUAAAUCAGGGACAGCACUGAGAAAUGUUGGCUUUUCAACCCAAUCAGAUUCUCAUGUGUGAGUUUAUUAAUGGUGAGCCAUAUCCAUGAGAGCUUAAUGAGCAAAGAACAAAUAGGAGCAAAUAGUGUCUUGGAACACCUCAGGGCACAUGUAUCAGUCUGUAGGUGGUAGUGUUCUUUCUAGCUGUCCAGAAGUCAGAUGAUUUCAUGAGUGGUAUGCAUCUUUUUCAUGAGUGAGUCACUUGUGUAUGUAAAUUAGCAUCCUGAUGCUGAACCUCAACACUGUCUUAAGCAUUUGACAAAAACCAGCUACAGCUGCUGUUUAACCAGCAUGGUGUCAUUAAUCAGGUCACUGUCUGAUUCCUUUUCCUGGGCCUAUCUUCUUUUCAACAGAGAAUAUUGUUAUUUUUAUAGAUAGUUAUAGAAGAGGGCAGAGGACCAGCAGAAGGAGAGAAACCUGCAAAGUAGGUCUGUGGCAUAGGUAUCAUAGAAAUAAAUUAGUUUCCAUCCCUAGGAUCCCAUGGCCAUUGCUGAGAUAGUAAGAUAGACCUGCAUCUUUGAGGCUUCCUGCUGGAAUAUAGAGUUUGUGCAUGUGUGGUACGUGCGCCAGCACAGAGUGUAUUGUACUGUCAGUCUAUCAAGAUGUGGAAGAAGACUGGAGAUUACUUUUGCCCUUGUUGGCUUGAGUAAGCAAACAUCUAGGUAUCAGCUGCAGAAACAGUUGCUACCUUUCCAGCUCUUAGGGCAGAAAGAAACUGCGUAAAAGUAAUGUUUUUGGAGAGAUCACCAUUUAUUUUUGGUACCAAUUUGUAAUGGGAGCAGCCUAGACUAAAACAACUAUGGCUGUUAAAUUACAUUCUCAAUGCUUGAUAAUUGUUGAGGUACACUGUGGGCUAGGACUGAUGAUCAUUGAGAUUUGGUGAUGGUCCUUUCAGGUCAGGCUUUGUGAUCAAUUGUUGAAGUAGUAUGGGGAAGUCUUGAACUGAAUAAAGAGAGAGCUGAAUUUCACACACACACACACGCCCCUCUAUCCCUUUUAUCUCAAGCCCAAGUUCUGUCUGGGUCAUGGUUGAAUUAUCUUGGUGCAACAGUGUUGGAAAAUCCAAGGUUGAGGGAACAUGGAAACUCCAGAAUUUUUCUGAGCCCAAAAAUAGGGUGGGCCCUCUAUGGCAGAGUCAGAAAGCACUGGAUGGAGUCGAUAUGAAGACCUAUGUCCCUUUUCAGUCUAGGAGAAGGACUAUUAAUGCAAGGUAGAACUGUCCAGCAUUGUGUGAAUAUGGAGAGAGACCACCUCUCUGACUAGGAUAAUUCCCAAGCUACAGAUCUGGGCUAUUACUACUUUACCUUUCAGAAAAGGUUUUGUUGCUCAUAAGGUUUUGUGGCCUGUUUGAAAAAUGUAUCUUGUUCACUUUCCUUUCUUGAAAAAGUGGCCUUAGCUUUUUGCAAUACUUGAAUAAAUUGUGUAUGUGCAAAAGAUUUUCAGUAGCACAGCGUUAGAGAGCAUUUAAAUAACUCUUCUGCAAAGAACUGAGUGUAGUUCAGACUUUCAGAUCCCAUUGCUACCUUAAGAAUACUUGGGGAAUAAAUUACUAUUCAGCAGAGUAACAGUUGAAACUUACAAGGUAUUUAGUUCAAAUUGUAGGAAUUUUGAAGUGUUUACAAAUCAGCUAAAAUGGAGAAAAGCAAAAUAUCCAGAACACAUUUGAAAUAUAAAAAUUAAAAAUGCAAAAAUAUAUAUAGAUGAAAAAGGAGUACUGUAAUUAACCUGCAUUUAAUAGGUUUUUUCCUUGACUUUGCAGAGCCUUUUUAUAUACAUUUGCAAAGCCACCUUGGGAGACCCUCUCUCCCUGUGUACUGUAUUGUGCAGAUAUUAAAAUAAAUAAAUCUGUUUACUUUGUUUGUGUAAAUAACCUGUUAACCUGGUUUCCAGGCCAGUUCUCAGCCAAUAAUCGCAUCCAGUGCAGCUUUGCACAGUAGAGUUAAGGAUGUGGGGGUUUUUUGUAAUUAUGAACUGUAAAAUAACCAGGGUUUUCCCUGUGUACACCAAUGUAAAUAUCUUUGUUAACUGAAAUGUACUUUGAGGAUAAAACCUGUAAAUAAACUGAUUUAUAAAUUAA